AUGGCAGCAGCCAAAAAGGACUUCCACGUCUCCGUCGUCGGCGGCGGCAUCGGCGGCCUCUGCACCGCCAUCGGUCUCCACCGCGCAGGCGUGCCCGUCCAUCUCUUCGAGUCGGCCCACCAGUUCGCAGAGAUCGGCGCCGGCAUCUCCAUCGGCCCCAACUCGCAGAACGCCCUCAUCCGCCUCGGCCUCUACGACGAGUUCGCAAAGCACGCCUUUAUUCCCUCGCGCAACCUCUACUUCCAGUGGCGCAUCGGCGAGGGAGACGACCAGCGCUUCCUCGCAGAGACCCUCUGCAAGGAGCACGGCGCCGCCUCGAUCCACCGCGCAGAGCUCCUCGACACCCUCGUCCGCCGCCUCCCCAAAGAGCUCGUCUCGUUUGGCAAGAGGCUCGAACGCAUCGAGCAGCCCACCGACGCCAGCGACAGGCAGGGCAAGAAGGUCACCCUCCACUUCAAGGACGGAUCGACGCACCAGACCGACAUCGUCAUCGGCUGCGACGGCAUCCACUCGCACGUCCGCGGCGCCCUCGACCCGGCAAAGUCCGGCCCCUCGGCCGUCGCAGGAUCCGACAAGCUCAAGUGGAGCGGCACCUGGGCCUACCGCGGCUGCAUCCCGCGACAGCGCUUCGAGGACGCCGUCGGCGGAGAGAUGGGCAAGUUCUACGCCAGGGAGUCGCAGAUGUUCCUCGGAAAGGACCGGCACGUCCUCAUCUUUCCCAUCCAAGGCGGUGACGUGGUCAACAUUGUCGCCUUCCGCACCGACCGCAGCCAGUGGCCCAAGCGACCCAGCUUGGCACCGGGCGAGGCUUGGACCCAAGAGACGACGCCCGAGGCGAUGCUGGCCGACUUCGAAGGCUGGGGCAAAGACAUCCUCAACAUGCUCAAGUGCGUCGACAAGCCGAGCAAGUGGGCGCUCCACCAGAUCGACCCGCCGCUCGAAUCCUACGUCAACGGCCGCGUGAUUGUGUCUGGCGACGCAGCCCACGGAGGAACGCCUCACCAGGGAGCCAUGGCAGGCCAGGCCAUCGAAGACGCGCUCUUCUUCCACCACCUCUUUGGCCACCCGAGCGUCAACGCAUCCAACGUGCAGGCCGCGUUGGGGAGCAUCGAUGCGAUCCGAGUACCGCGCGGCAACGAAGUCAUGGUCAAGAGCCUCGAGGUGGGAGACGUCUACGAGUUUGCCGGUCCGCUCGGCGACGACCUCGAGCGUCUGUCCAAGGAUCUCGUCGAGCGGUGGACCUACCUGUGGGAGUAUGACUUUGACGCCGAGCGCGCAAAGCUCGACGACUGGCUCGCACAACACGGUAUCGCCUAG